GGUGGUCGCGAGGCGGACGCCGGUCCCGGAGCCUAACCAUUGGCCACUGAGCCGAGCCGGCGCUUCCCCGCGCGGGGGUGGCAGCACGUGCCGGGGGCGAGAGCGGAGACCGCAGCUAUGGCGUCGUUACUUUGGGGAGGCGACGCUGGGGCGGCAGAGAGCGAGCGGCUGAACAGCCACGUAACCGCCGCUGAGCAGGGGAGGGCCCACGGGCGGGAGCUAGAACAAGGACUCCCGAGGAAGAACCUCCGUGGUAUUAGGAGUACCACAGUCCCAAACAUAGACGGCUCUCUUAACACCGAAGAAGAUGAUGAAGAGGAUGAUGUAGUGGAUUUGGCAGCCAAUUCACUCUUAAACAAGUUAAUCCGUCAGUCCUUAGUAGAAUCCAGCCACCGAGUGGAAGUCUUACAAAAGGAUCCCAGCUCUCCACUCUACUCGGUGAAAACAUUUGAAGAGCUACGGCUAAAGGAAGAGUUACUAAAAGGGAUUUACGCAAUGGGAUUUAACAGACCAUCCAAAAUUCAAGAGAUGGCCCUCCCUAUGAUGCUUGCACAUCCUCCCCAGAACCUCAUAGCACAAAGCCAGUCGGGAACUGGAAAAACGGCCGCCUUUGUCUUAGCAAUGCUAAGCAGAGUGAAUGCCUUGGAAUUGUUUCCACAGUGCCUCUGCCUGGCUCCUACCUAUGAACUGGCUCUGCAGACUGGCCGUGUGGUUGAAAGGAUGGGGAAAUUCUGUGUGGAUGUUGAAGUGAUGUAUGCCAUUCGAGGAAAUCGAAUUCCUCGGGGCACUGAAAUCACCAAACAGAUUAUAAUUGGUACUCCCGGGACUGUCCUAGAUUGGUGCUUCAAGCGAAAAUUGAUUGAUUUGACUAAGAUCCGUGUAUUUGUCCUGGAUGAAGCAGAUGUGAUGAUUGACACCCAAGGAUUCUCAGAUCAGAGUAUUCGUAUCCAAAGAGCUUUACCCUCCGAAUGCCAGAUGCUCCUCUUUUCGGCAACCUUUGAGGACUCUGUGUGGCAGUUUGCUGAACGAAUCAUUCCUGACCCCAAUGUUAUCAAGUUACGAAAAGAGGAACUGACCCUGAACAACAUCCGACAGUAUUAUGUGUUGUGUGAAAACAGAAAAGACAAAUACCAAGCCCUGUGCAACAUCUAUGGCGGCAUCACCAUUGGCCAGGCCAUCAUCUUCUGCCAGACACGGCGAAAUGCCAAGUGGCUGACUGUGGAGAUGAUGCAGGAUGGCCACCAGGUGUCCUUGCUAAGUGGGGAACUCACAGUGGAGCAGCGAGCGUCCAUCAUCCAGAGGUUCCGAGAUGGCAAAGAGAAGGUCCUCAUCACAACCAAUGUCUGUGCUCGAGGAAUUGAUGUGAAGCAGGUCACCAUCGUGGUGAACUUUGACCUUCCUGUAAAUCAAUCAGAAGAGCCAGACUAUGAGACCUACCUCCACCGUAUAGGACGGACAGGACGCUUUGGGAAAAAAGGUCUCGCCUUCAACAUGAUUGAAGUGGAUAAGCUGCCCCUGCUUAUGAAAAUACAGGACCACUUCAAUAGCAAUAUUAAGCAACUCGACCCAGAAGACAUGGAUGAGAUUGAAAAGAUCGAAUAUUGAAGAGAGGCCUUUGUUGUUUGUGGGCUUUCCUAGUUUGUGAGAAUGUUGCAGCAGGUUUUGAAGAUAAUUUUCUAUGUUGAGGCUCUGUCAAGGUGAAACUGUCACAGACAACAAAAUAAAUGUCAUGGUACUCUUCA